UACUCCAUGUCAGAUUCCAACAUGACUCACUUCACCAACCCCUCCACCUUCAUCCUGCAGGGUAUCCCUGGCCUGGAGGGAGCCCACGUCUGGAUCGCCAUCCCCUUCUGCACCAUGUACGUCAUAGGUGUGUUGGGGAACGUCGCCAUCCUGUACCUCGUGAAGAGGGAGCCGAGUCUCCAUGAGCCCAUGUACUAUUUCCUCUGCAUGCUGGCCGUCAGCGACCUGGUCAUGUCCACGUGCACCGUGCCCAAAAUGCUGAGCAUCUUCUGGUUCAAUGGCAGGGAGAUCAAUUUCAGUGCCUGCAUCGCCCAGCUCUACAUUGUUCACAGCUUCUCAACCAUGGAGUCUGGGAUCUUCGUGGCCAUGGCGUUGGAUCGCUACCUGGCCAUCUGCCAUCCCCUGAGACAUUCUACCAUCCUGACAAACUCGGUGGUGGCCAAGAUCGGCCUGGCCGUGGGGCUGCGUGGCUGCAUCCUCCUGCUGCCUCAUCCCUUCCUAGCGAGGCAGUGGCCGUAUUGCAGAACCAACGUCAUCGCCCACACGUACUGCGAGCACAUUGCCGUGUUGAAGCUGUCCUGUGUUGACACCAGAAUCAGUAGUUACUACGGCCUCUUUCUGGCGCUGAUUAUUACGGUUCUGGAUGUGUUUCUCAUCUCCGUGUCCUACGCCCAGAUCCUCAGGGCCAUCUUCCGCCUGCCCACCAAGGACGCCCGAAUCAAGACUUUUGGGACCUGCGGCUCCCACCUCUCUGUCAUUUUAGUCUCUUACAUCCCACCUAUAUUCUCCUCCCUCACACAGAGGUUUGGCCACAAUGUGCCCCUGUAUUUCCUCAUUCUCUUUGCCAAUGUGUACCUCCUGGUGCCCCCCAUGCUGCACCCCAUCAUCUACGGGGUGAGGACCAAGCAGAUCCGGGACAGCCUGCUGCGGGUCUUUGCUCAGAGAGGGACCUAA